AUGUCUACCAUGGCUCCCGAAGAAAAGCACGUGAGCAGGCGAGGGUGCCUUAAGUCCAAAUGGGCUCGAAUUCUCUUGGCCGUAAUCGUUUUCAUUGUCCUUUGUGCUGCUAUCAUACCAGCUGUUGUCGUCACCACUCUACGCAAGAAUAACAGCAUGGGUCCCAAAUCCAAAGUAUUCGUGCCGCUUUACGUUUACCCUGCUCCUGGAGCAUGGACUCCGUUGGAAAAUGUGGUCUCUGCCUAUCCAGAUGUCAAUUUUACCGUCGUAAUCAACCCAGGAAACGGCCCAGGGCCAAACUCGUUGCCCGAUGCGAAUUAUACUCGUGAAAUACCUGUCCUUGCAUCUUACGCAAAUGUUCGUCUUCUGGGCUAUGUCCACACUUCGUAUGCACAGCGCAACAUAUCCUUAGUGCGCAAGGAUAUCGAAACAUAUGCCGCUUGGCCGACCAACUCGUCCAACCCGGACUUGGCCGUUCGGGGUAUAUUCUUCGAUGAAGCACCCCAGCAAUACAGUGCCCAAUCCCUCAAUUAUUUGCAGAAUCUGACAGACCUGGUCAAGGAGCUGAACGGAUUUGGGUCCAAUGGCUUUGUGGUGCACAACCCUGGAGCCGUCCCAGACUCUCGUUACUUGGCAUCGGCCGAUUCCACAGUGGUCUUCGAAGGGACAUACAGUAGCUUCCAAGAGCGACAGGGAGCUAAGCUGUUCACGGCUAUUCCGGAUAGCAACCGUACCCAGUUGUGCGCUGUUAUCCACUCGGUUCCUGAUACCGUUGAGGAUCCUAAGCUGCGCAGUCUGGUGAAAGAAGCCCGUAAGGUGGUCGAUGAACUUUACAUCACCCACCUGAGCGUCGAUUACUAUGCUAGCUUUGGGUCAAAGUGGACCGAGUUUGUUGAUUUAAUGUCGGAUUGA